GACAACAGUGUUGUACCAGCUCGCGGUCAGUGGAGUGGUGGGGAGUCCUCGUGGAAGUUAGAGACUUGGAGAAAUUAUGCUACAAGGCAAUAUUUUUUUCUUUUCACAAUAACGACAAAAACACGAGGAGAGACGUGAUUUAAGGAUCAACAACGAGAGGAAAGCACGCUAAUGAACCAACACGAUGUCAGUUCUGGGAAGUGCAAGUCGGCUCAUUCAAUUGGCCAGGUACAGUAGCCCCAUAAGCCUGUGUAAGAUGACGUCUCUCAGGAUGCAGUCUACUGCGACUGCUGCGGCUUUCACUCAGCCCGCCAACACUGCAACACCUGAGGCUGUGGAAAACAGAAAGCCCAAAACAGGAAUUCUGAUGAUGAACAUGGGAGGACCUGAGAAACUGGACGACGUUCAUGAUUUCUUGCUGCGGCUCUUCUCUGACACAGAUCUGAUGAAACUUCCUGUUCAGAAUCGACUGGGGCCGUUCAUUGCAAAGCGGCGUACCCCUAAGAUUCAGGAGCAAUACAGCCGCAUUGGGGGAGGCUCCCCGAUCAAGGCCUGGACGACGAUGCAGGGGGAGGGCAUGGUCAAACUGCUGGAUGAGAUGUGUCCUGAAACAGCGCCGCACAAAUUCUACAUUGGCUUUCGCUAUGUGCAUCCUCUGACAGAGGAGGCCAUUGAAGAGAUGGAGAAGGAUGGGGUGGAGAGAGCCGUGGCCUUCACCCAGUACCCACAAUACAGCUGUUCUACCACAGGCAGUAGUCUGAAUGCCAUCUACCGCUACUACAAGGGCAGAGGAGACAGACCUAAGAUGAGAUGGAGUGUCAUCGACCGCUGGCCUACACACCCCCUGCUGGUUGAGUGCUUCGCUCAGCAUGUCCUCAAAGAGCUGCAGAAGUUCCCCCCGGAGAAGAGGGAUGACGUGGUGAUCCUGUUCUCCGCCCAUUCCCUGCCACUGUCGGUGGUGAAUAGGGGAGACCCAUAUCCUCAGGAGGUUGGAGCCACUGUCCAAAGGGUCAUGGAGAAACUACAACACUGCAACCCUUACAGAUUAGUCUGGCAGUCCAGGGUUGGUCCAAUGCCAUGGCUGGGUCCUCAGACGGAUGACGUCAUCAAGGGUCUGUGUGAACGUGGCAAGAGGAACCUUCUGCUGGUGCCGAUCGCCUUCACCAGCGACCACAUCGAGACGCUGCAUGAACUGGACAUCGAGUAUUCCCAGGUGCUAGGGGAGGAGUGUGGUGUAGAAAACAUCAGAAGGGCUGAAUCUCUGAAUGGAAACCCAAUGUUUUUCCAGGCCCUGGCUGACCUGGUCCACACCCACCUGAAGUCGGACGAGCCAUGUUCCCGUCAGCUGACUCUGCGCUGCCCGCUGUGUACCAACCCCACCUGCGGAGCCACUAAGGCCUUCUUCGCUAAUCAGAAAUGACCUGUGUUACCUUAACAUGCAGGAGACUCCCAAAAUCUUCCGGUAUUCCAGAAAUCCCAGGUGGAGGAUUCCGGAUGUUCAGCUUAUUUGCUUUGGGUGCCUGGAUUCCUCCAAAUAGGAUUUCUUGAUAUUUGAGGGGUAACGUUUUUGCAACGUCACGCUCUGCCUUCUACUCAUCUGUUACUACGGGAACGAGCAGUUCUGAGUAAACAACAGAAGAAGAAGAAACACAAACUAAAGAAGUCUCUUAAACGCACACUGUCUUUGUCUCCAUUUACCAUAGUCUUUCCUGUGAGACGUUCAGAACAUCCCUGUGGUUGGGAUGUUUCCUUCGGUCCCAUGACCGCUGAACAUUACCCACAUUUGAAUUUAACCACCCCUACAGGAGCAAACUUUUCAGCCGCUAAAAGCAACAACAGAUUAUUCAGAAGAUCCAAGUAGUUUAUCGGUUUAAAUUUCCCAAAGUUAGCAUUUGUUUUUUGUACAUUUACACACAAAUUGGAUGUCUCCAGAUUAGGGUGUAUUUGAAAUAGAUAUUUUGUCAUUAGCGCCCUCUUGUUAUGGACAUUUCUCAGAUUUGUAUUAAUAUCUGAUUUUCUAUGGUUCUCUGAAGCUGGGUAAUGAGUGACAUUGCUGUCAAUGUACAAUGGCUACUGAUAUGGUGAUAGACUAUGGAUACAAAUGCCAUUAAACCUUUUGCUCUGACUUUGGAAUCAACUCAGUUUCAAUUGCAUUUUAAAAUGGAAGUAUAUAGUAAAUAUACACUUACUGGAAGCUAAGUGUUUUGAGUUAUUUGUAUCUAUCUCUAGAUAAGUAGGUAGAUAUUCUUGUCAGUGUACAUACUGUGCCAAAUCUUUUUCUUUCUUUUCUUUUUAGGUCAUUUGUUUUAAUUCCUCCACGUUAUAGCUGUCUGUCACCAUUUGUGACAUUUGUAGAAAGGCUCCGCAACCUGAAAGUAAUCUAUGGUACAUUUUUCUUUAAACAGCCGUUGCUAAGGAGACACCUCAUGCAAAAAAUAUGCAAUGUGUAUAAGAAAAAAAAGCUUAUAGCUACCGUUUCUGUGGAUGUUACUUCUUUAGCUUUUUAGCUAACGGUGGCUUACCUGAAGUUUCUAAUGGCUGUUUAUAGAAAAACUGUUUAGGGAUCUUUGCUCACAGACUAUUUAAGGAUCAGGAAGUUGUAACAUUUUAAUCUCUUUCAACACAAAAAUCCUGGUAACAUGGUAUUUUGUUGGAUUACUAAUUUUUAUUAAAUCCCAAAACGUCACACAUUUUUAAAUAAGGUAUUUUGAAAUUGACCCUUGUUGGAGCUUUUAGCGUUAAGAAAUUGUUAAAUGAUAUGGGUCGAGUUGUGUUAUGAAUCUUGAUGUACAGAUGUCCUGUUUGUGUGUAUUGUGAGGGGAGGCCACUUGUUACGCCCUUGUCCAAAAAAUGCUGGGAGGGUUAUUUAUAUUUAUCAUAAAAGGUGUUCAAAAUACUCUAUGCAUAAUACUUUUUUAUUUUGCCUGAAAUAGAACAUUAACCUUAUCUUCCUUAAAUGUAUAGAAAUAAAAUGGGCAAACACACGACAAAA